GCGAAAUCGGCCACCUUUCCGGAGGACGACGAGCAUGACGGGGAUCACCGUCGAUGUGGGGAGCGGCGUGGAGGAUGGUCAGCCUCCGGCGGUCGAAGGGCAAGCCACGGCGGUGCCCAACGGCGGCUACGACCACCGCUCCAUGGCCAUGGUCUCGCCGAGAUAUUACGGCGGUAGGACUACGACUUCCGGCGAUAUUGAGACGCCUAGUUUCUUGACAAGUUGUAGCCUUUGCAACCGCCGCUUGGCACCUUGUCGUGACAUCUUCAUGUAUAGGGGUGACACCGCAUUUUGUAGUGAAGAAUGUAGGGAGCAAAAAAUGAAGCAAGACGAGAAAAAAGAGAAAAGUAAUAAUAAUAAUAAUAUGCAAAUUGAAAACAAGGGUGGAAAUCACCACCACCCGACACAAAUAUCCAACCACCUCGGUAACAACUAGCAUAGAUUGUGGUUGUCGCUUAAACAACCGCCGUGCAGUGCGUAGAGCCACCUCAUGAACCAAAUUCCGAACCAAUGGUUGAACCAAUUAAGGAUUUACAGCAAGUUCUUGAACUGAUGCAGAGUGAACCAAUCACAAACUAAACUGGUUGUAACAAAUAUGUAUAAUGUAUAUAUGUUUGGGUUGUGCUUCCAAAGA